GGUGAUGGGUGUUGUCUUUCGUUUCAAUUAAUGUUUAGAUGAAAGAAAUAUUAAAAAUGUCAUCCAAAAAUUGUGCAAAUAUAAUUUUAAUAUCCCUGAGUUUGUUCUGCUGUUUUAUAUAUGGACAUUUACAGGACAAAUUUAAUGUUAACAAUACUGUUACUUGGUGUACAAUAUCUGAUGCUGAACAGGACAAAUGUAAUGCUUUUUCAAGAGCAGUUGAUCGUGAGAAAGCAUUUUUCGACUCUAAUUACAUUUCAUUACAAUGCAAACAAGCAUCUAAUAAAGAAGAAUGCAUGGCUCUGUUGGAUCAAGAGAAAGCACAUAUAACCACUUUAGAUGCUGGAGAAAUUUUUAUGGCAGGACGCUAUCAUAGUUUAAUCCCAUUUAUGCAGGAAAUAUAUGAAAGUGGUUUGAAUUAUCAAUAUGCAGUUGCAGUUAUUAAAAAAGGGUUUUUGACAGAUGUUCAAAAUUUAUAUGAUUUGAGGGGUAAAAAGGCUUGCUUUGCUGGACUUGGAAUGCUCGCUGGUUGGAUUAUACCAAUUCAUACUCUCAUGAAACAAGGUGGACUAGAAAUUAUUGAUUGCAAUAAUCAUGUGAAAUCUGCUAUUAAAUACUUUGGGCCUAGCUGUGCUGUAAAUUCAUUGAUAGAUAAAUAUAAUCCAUUAGGGGACAAUUCUGAUCAAUUAUGCAAAUUGUGUAUUGGAAAACUACCUGGAGGAAGAUGUACAACUUCAGAUCCAUAUGCAGGAUAUGAAGGAGCAUUUAGAUGUUUGGUAGAGGCAGGAGAAAUUGCCUUCUUAGUACAUACAACUGUAAAUGAAAUGACAUCAACAACAUUUGACUUUAAUCAAUUUGAAUUACUUUGUCGAGAUGGUACUCGCAAAUCUAUCGAUGAAUAUACACAUUGUAAUUGGGGUAACGUUCCAUCACGUGCUAUAGUUACAUCGUCAGCUACAAAAGUGGAGACUCGCCGAUUGUAUCAGCGAUUUUUAGAAAAAGCAGUUCGAGUAUUGAAUAAACAUAACUCACAGAAUUCGACAGAGUUAUAUGACAAUCGUUUUGAAAAUCGACCAGGAUUUAAUUAUAGAUUUGGUGAAAAUAGUUUCAACAAAAGUGAAUAUUUCAAUUCUAAUGAAUAUAACGCGGAGAAUUUCGACAGUCGUAAUGGAUAUGAGAAAAGGUACAAUGGAAAUGGGCUGAAUUCAUGGGACGAGAGUCAUUCAACGAACAUACAACCAAUAGAAACGUUCAACUUAUUUGAAUCUGCACCUAGAUAUGGAAUGCAUCACAACUUAAUUUUUUCUGAUUCAGCACGGGAUUUCGUUCAAUUGCCGGAGAAGGAUCAAAUGUACACUGGUUAUUUAGGCAGAUCUCUAGAUCAAAUAUUAGGAGUCCGUCGUUGCCCCGUCAAUAGAAUGACUUUAUGUAUUACAUCUGAUCCAGAAAUGGAAAAAUGUAUAAGAAUGAAGAUAGCAUUGAAAGCACAAUUAUUGAAGCCGGAAUUAAAUUGUCAUAAGGGUCACAGUCAGAUUCAUUGCAUGCAGGCAAUACGAAGUGGAAUCGCCGAUGUAGCAAUAUUGGAUACCAGUGACGUAUAUACCGCUGGCCUGCGCUUCAAUUUGAUUCCAUUUAUAUCUGAGGUUUACAACUUACCCACACCAGAAUAUUAUGUUGUCGCAGUAGCGAAAGAAGAAGAUGACAACACAGAUCUGACUUAUCUUAAAAAUAAGUAUACUUGUCACACGGGAAUCAACACAGCUGCAGGUUGGGUAUAUCCAUUGGCGUAUCUUAUUUCCAAUACUUGGAUCAGAGGCUACGGUUGUGACUCGGUUCGCGCUGCUGCAGAAUAUUUUAGUAAAUCAUGCGUUCCGGGCGCUCUUAGCACCGAAUACAAUACAGGUGUCCCAUAUGAUAAUAUGUGCGAUUUAUGUCACGGUGCAAGUUUUCGUUACUGUCGCAGAGAUGCGUCUGAAGAUUAUUUUGGAUAUACCGGUGCAUUUAGGUGUUUAGUCGAGGGCGGAGGACACGUUGCUUUCGUAAAGCAUACGACAGUCGCGGAAAAUACAGAUGGAAAGCGACGAGAAAUGUGGGCGCGUAAUACUUUUACGAAAGACUUUGAACUACUUUGCCCGGAUGGUACCCGUCGGCCAACAACCGAUUACAUCAAUUGCAAUUUAGGAAAAGUGGCAUCAAACGCCGUAGUUACGCGUGGUGGAUACUACGAUUAUAACGAAACACAGAUAAACGCUUACAUAAACUUAUUCAUUUAUGCCCAACAAUUUUAUGGCAGAAAAGAGCAGGACGAAUUUAGCUUUAGUAUGUUUUACAGUCAACCACCGUACAGCGAUCUAAUUUUUCAAGAUGCUACGCAGCAAUUGAUGGUAAUACCGCCAGAAAAGAGAGAGUUUAGCGCGUAUUUAGGCCCAGAUUUUAUGAGAGCUAGAAGAAUCGUCGAUUGUAAUGCUGGUGCAUCAGCUAUAGAGCAAUCGAUAGUAGCUACGAUAACUAUGAUUAUACUCACAUACAUAUUUAGUAGAUAGAUAGAAUAUUUGAUAAUUAUUUCCUUGACCAAUGAAUC